AUGCCAAUGGCAUCGAGAAAUGCUCUGCUUAAAUACCUUAGAAUCAAUGUCACACCUUCUCUUCAAAGCUCCAGCAUCGCUUCCCAUCAGUGGGCAUCUCCCUUCUACGUUCUUCUUAGUCGUUUCUCUGAGGAAGUCAGAGGAUCACUCCUCGACAAAUCCAAAGUCGAGCUUUCUAAGGUAAAAUGAGCUACAAAAUAUAUGGACUCGAAGCAUGGCCGCCGUAAUAAAAGAAGAUCAAACAUAUUUCCUUUGCUAGAAUGCAUAAUUAUUAUACAUUUUCAUUCUUCUCAUGUUUGUUUAUGCAUUUGAAAACGUGAUUUUUUUGCUUUGAGCAUGCUAUGAGAAAUGGCAUUUUCACUAAGCCUAUUAACAAAUUAAGGCAC